CGGUAGGCAAGAUUUUUUUUCCUAAAGCUAUUUCCAGCAAACAACUUAAAAAACACGUUUUCUGUAACUCAAAUAGACAAAUACUAUGUUUACUUGUUGAGAAAACACCAUAAUAUGUCUCCUUUAAAAAAAAAAAGUUUGUUGUACUUGGCUACUAACUACUUGGUCUUGUCACAUGGGAUAAGUUUGCCUUCAGGGCUUUAUGCCAGAACGCCCUUUCUGCCAGAAAUCCUGCUGCGGGGAAGGCUUGAGGGACACAGUAUAAAUAGCAACACAGUACACGUAGGGAGGAGGUGGUGGAUUUAACACUUUCCCCCAGGAGGCCUCUCAAAACCCAACCCUAACGUCCCCGUCGUGAGAGGUGGAAACAGGUCAAGCUGGCCAAUAGGGAAAUGGUAAAACUCAUGGGCCAAUCACCCAUGAAGUGGAUUCAAUUGAUUACAGAAACAUUGAUGAAGAAAAAGAAACCCCACAACCAAGGAGAUGAAGACUCUUCGGGCAUACAAGCUAAAGAGACAAUGAAGACGCAUACUGAAAACCAUAUGGAGAGGGUGCUUCGGAAUCUUCUAUCCCCUAGGCAACCUGCCAACAUCGCAACCUGGAACAUCAGGACCAUGUUCACAGCAGGGAAGACGACAGUCAUCGCAGAUGAGAUGAGGAGAUACAGGGUUUCUAUCCUCGGCCUCUGCGAAACCAGUUGGCUCCAGUCAGGAGAAGUCAAAUUGGUGGUGAGUCCAUACUCUACUCUGGACACGCAGAUGAAAAAGCACCACACACGGAGGGAGUGGCAUUUAUGCUCUCCAAAGAAGUACAGAGGGCCCUCAUCAGCUGGGAGCCCAUACAUUCAAGAAUCAUCACUGCAAGAUUCCAAACUACCCAUAAAAGAAUCAACCUUCAAAUCAUACAGUGCUAUGCACCCACCAACAAUACUGAUGAGGAACUAAAGGACAAUUUCUACAACCAGCUACAACAUCUACUCCAGACUAGAAAAGAAAAAGACCUUCUCUUACUCAUGGGCGACAUGAAUGCCAAGGUGGGAAAUAACAACAAUGGAUACGAACUGGCUAUGGGAAAGCAUGGACUUGGCACCAUGAACGAAAAUAGGGAGAGAUUUGCAGAUGUAUGUGCUGACCUCAAUCUGGUUAUAGAAGGUACUGUUUUCCCCCUGUUUUCACCCAUCCACAAAGCCACCUGGAUAUCACCUGACCACACUACCGAAAACCAAAUCGACCACAUAUGUAUAAACAGGAAGUUUAGGCACUCCCUCCUGGAUGAACGAGUGAAGAGGGGGGCAGAGGCCGGGACAGACCACCACUUACUGGCUGCAAAACUCCAACUGAAGCUAAAGCGCUGCAACAACCCCUCUGACAGCAGAACAAAAUUCAACCUACAGCUCUUCCAGGACAUUGGAACAACUGAACUGUACCAAACCACCCUACAGAACAGGUUUCAAGCCCUGCAAGAUCUCCAACAAUCAGUGGAAGAGUACUGGAACAGCCUGAAAAACAUAUGGGAGGAAACAUGCCUAGAAGUGGUGGGGAAAAAGACAACAAAACACAAACCCGGGUUGUCAACAGAAACACUGAAAAUAAUAGAAGAGAGGAGGGCAAAAAAGGAAACACUAAACAAAUGCAAAACCCCAGCAAGAAAGGCAGUAGCCCACAAAGACUACGAGUUAGCAAACAAGGAGGUGAAGAAAAGCGCUAAAUGUGAUAAACAGAAUAACAUCGAGGCCUUGGCACAAGAAGCACAGGAAGCAGCUGGAAAAAACAACCUCAAGGACCUAUACAUGACCACCAAGAAACUGGCCGGAAAGUUCAGACAGACGAACACACAAAUCCGUGAUAAACAGGGACGACUCCUUACCACCAAGGAAGAACAACACCAAAGAUGGACAGAGCAUUUCAGGGAGCUGCUCAAUAGACCACCCCUGUCCAAGAAAUAGAGAUUCCACCAGCAGCACACAUGCUAACAUCAACUGUGCCCCUCCAACAAGAUCUGAGGUAAGGAAGGCCAUUAAGGCACUAGGACGUAGCAAAGCAGCAGGGCCAGAUGAUAUCCCAGCGGAGGCCCUACAUGCUGAUGU